AUAGUUAAAGUACAAACUUUUCCUACAAAAUGCUUUGAGUAGCAAAUUAACAUUGCAAAAAAGUUGCACCAUUUUCUGUUCAUUUCAAUCAUUUGGCAUUUCAUAACAUCCCAAGUAUUCUAUAAACAAUUUUAUUUCUAUUGUAAUUGGAUCAGUCAAUGUGAGCCCACUUUUUAAACAGCGUUUGUUUCUUUGUGUUGAAGACAAUGAGUUUAUGGUAAUGUAUUUUGGUAUGUUAUUUUUUUUUUUGCUUUAAAUCAGUUUUUAAAACACGGUUUUGCACAUACUUAGUGACCAAAGUUCAGCUCUCCCGGUCAAUGAUUCAGCAUCUCUUCAGCACCUGCAAUCAAAAUUAACUAGCACCACUCCUGCUUAUGCAAAUGAAACCGUUGGAGUUUGGGAGGUUCUUUAGUCGUCUGUUGUGUAUUCUGGUAGUUUCACAGGUCUGUUCACAGGAGGAGUUGUUUUACUCAGCGAGUAUAUAAGGUUGAGCUCAUCCUUCAUUGCUUCAUUGUGUCUGCUGAGGUUGCAGUAAAUCUUACUUUUAUUGAUAAUUCCUGUAUUGUAACAACAUAUUAUUUGCAGCUGAUAAGACUUUAAUAUUUACUGGGGACACGAAUAAGUGUAAGAAGAUUUUAUCCAUCAGAUAUAACGUUUUGAUCAAGGUUUCAGCAAAAAAGGAUUUGAGAAUAAAGACUGAAAAUGGCGGUAGUUGCUGGUUUUGGUCCACUGGUAUCUUAUAUUGGUGCUGAAGAGGGUGUUGCUCUACAGGCUGACAAUGGCCAGUUCCUCAGCUGUAUUGAUCGCUCAAAUAUUUAUAACAUAGAAGCUGCCAAGAGCACCAAAGACCCUUGGUGCAAAUUCAUAGUGGAGAAAGUCAAUGAUUCGAAAGUCCGGCUCAAAGACCGGAGGGGUGUUUACCUCAGUCGAAUUGACAGGUCUGGUGUCAACCAUAUCGAGGCAGCCAAAGCUAAGCCUGAUGUAUACUGUGAGUUCAGUGUCUUCACCAGGAAUGGGAAAGUCAUAUUUAGAGCCGACAAUGGCCUGUUCUUAAGUCGAUAUGAUCGGGGUAAUCAGAACAUCGAAGCUGUUAAAGAAGGUGUUGAUGAAUAUUGUGAAUUUGCACUGAGUAUCGGGGAUAUCAUUAGCCCCAUGUUUGAAAUUGUCAAAAUAGAUUUUGGAAAAAUUCCAGACCUGAGCGACAAGCCAUCUGUGGUGAAAACCGACUACUACAUCAAUGAAAGCAGUGUGAAUCAAUCCCACACCUUCAAACUAAACUGGACGGACACAGUCACAGAGACCACGACUUGGACCCACACAUGGGGGGUGUCCUCUACUGUGUCUUCUGAUUUUAAAUUAUUAAGUGUUGAAGUCACCAUCUCAUACUCAGGACAGUAUAGCACCAGCUCCUCAAAAGAGAAAUCCAUCUCCAUGUCAGAGGAAACUACCAUCACAAUUCCUCCCAAAACCAAGAUCACAGUGAAACUGAUGGUCAACAAGGAUGAUGAUGCUGAGAUUCCCUUCACAGCUACAAUCAAGAAGACCAAGGCCAAUGGAGAGGUUAAGAUGUUCACUGAGAACGGCACAUGGAGGGGUGUGGCUUAUGAAAAUGUAAGUCUUAAAAUCGAAGAAGCCAAAGUGUAAGAACAGAUAUAGAAGUUCAAAGCAAAACAACCCGUGUGUAUGGAGUGAAUUAACAAAUCAAGCUUUUAAAUAUAAUCAUAUAAAAUCCAUAUUUUAUC